UACCACGGCGCGAUCGAACCCCUCCCAGUUACUCCCGUGGCUUUUGCCACGAACAUCAGGCAACAAUUUCCAAAUAUGCGAGAGCUCACAUGAAAUAACGAGCGAGAGCGUCACAUCAUAUGUUUGAAUGAUUCCUCGAGGAUGCGAGAGUCACGGAUGCGGCGAUCGAUGAGUGUUUCUGUCGCAGGCUCAAACAGACGAUGAGAGUUGACGAGACCCACGGCUCUUGGUGAUGACGCGCGGUCCCAUUAUGGGGCUCCCGUGAACGGCCCGGGCGUCCAGUAUGUUGACUGCCUGUCAGCAUGACGCCGUUGGACCUGUGGCUUUCGCGCUCCAUCCCCAUGUGUCUGCUGCUGCAGAGCCUGGUGCUCAUGGUCCUGUGCUUUCCGUCUGCCAGCACCUGUCCCAAGGGUUGCACCUGUCAGCGCUCUGAAAGCCCUCCGCACGGCCUCAACGUCACCUGUAGUCUGUCACGCUUGAAGGAGAUCCCGCCCGACGUCCCCCCAGACACCCAGCUGCUGCAGCUGGACCGAAACCACAUAUCUCUGGUGCCCGAUCGCAUAUUUCAUGGCUUGAGGAUGCUUCGGAGGCUCAAUCUCUCCCAUAAUGCAGUGGAAACCCUCGGCGAGGGGGCAUUCGUCGGAUUGGAGGGCUCUCUGGAAGUGCUGGACCUUUCCCACAACCGAAUCACUAGCGUGCACAAGGACGCGUUCGCACGGCUGAAGGCACGUGUGAUGGUGGACAAUAACCCUUGGCAUUGCGACUGCGCCCUGCAGCAGGCGCUGGGUGGCAUGGCGCACAACCAUGAGGCUGCCACGCGCGUGCUGUGCCGUAGUUCAGAGCUGAGGGACCAAGAGGGCCAGCCGUUCCUGGCCGUGGAUGCAGACUUGUGCAACCUGGCCAAGCGGACCACCGACUACGCCAUGUUGGUGACCAUGUUUGGCUGGUUCGCGAUGGUCAUCUCUUAUGUUGUGUACUAUGUACGGCAGAACCAAGAAGACGCAAGACGACACCUUGAGUACCUGAAAUCGCUUCCCAGCAAGCCCAAGAAACCGGACGAACCGGAGGACAUCAGCACGGUCGUGUGACUUUACAAAGUUCACACAAUCCCAGAGACUAAAGGCCCGUUCACACCAAGAAUGAUAACUAUAAUGCUAACUAUAAGAGAACAUGGAAGUUCGCACCACAGCUACAACGAUAAUGGCAUUGAGGAGCUAUAUUGUUAGAACAGUGUUUUCCAGGUGAAUGAUAAAAGCAUCUACAGGCAAUCAGAACCCAUCUGGCUUUAAAGAGCUUGAGCAUUCAAAACUGCAGCACGCCCUUAUAAUAUACAGAACGUUAUCGUUGGUGUGGAUGCUAAUAUGGUUAUCGGUAUAGUUAUCAUUCUUAGCGUGAACGGGCCUUAAACCAGGAUGUUGAUUAAUCUGAUACGAAUCGUAAAUGUCGUCUAGCGUACUACACCUGUCUUCUCUUUUUCCAAUGUGCGUUCCUGUUUCUGAGUAUGUAUUUAGAACAAUUUGUGAUACACUCCCAACACUUUGUCCUUACGAGAGAGAGAGUCUUUUAAGCGCGACGUCCAGGUGGCAUUAAAACAAUCGCAAAGUUGUCCUUUAAACGUGGUCCAAUCCCACCUUUAGAGCGAGAACUUGUUUUCAGGCUUUUUUUUUUUUUUUACUAGAUGGAACAGAUCAUUAAGCAGCGCUAAUGACCAGUACAGGUAUUUUGAGAAUUCAAAUCUCAGGUGCAAAUGUUGAUAGACUCCAAUGAUUUGUAAAAAACCUUCGAUGUUCUGAUGCUACCAAGUUUUGUAAGACAAACGAUAAUCCAGGCAUGUGCACAUUAGCUACAAUCGCGAAUCAUUUUACGGCCUUUAAAAGGCGUGGUGUACCCUUUAUUAGUGAAACGACGGGACAUUUCUUCCAACAUUCUAAAACUAUUAUUGUAAUCCUGUGCAUUUUUCGGUUUGUUUUUGCGUUAAAACUCGUGCACAUUAAAUUGUGAAUCGUUGAGUCGUAGAGCACAGCAGUGCUGGUGUGGUGCUUGUCACGUGAUUCUCGGAUCUGUAGUCGAGGGACGUAGUCGAUACCUCCAUCCGAGUCUUUUGUCGGUAACGUUACUUGUGAGGCUCUUUGUCGAUGUCGUAAUUCACCGUGCGUAAAAAGAGGCUCCCGGGCCCUGUGUUAGUCAUCAUGUAGUCUACGAGAUGGCCAGUGUGUUUUCGUAAACGUAAGGUUCCAUCCCUGAAUCCAAACUCUUGACGUCCAGGACAGAAAAUAUACAUCCUGAUGAGGAACUUCAGCUUCCCCUUGCACUGUGGCGGUAGGGCCAUUAGCGCUCAGUGAUAUUAUUGUGUGUGCACAGUAAUUCAGGCCGGUCGCAAGCAGAAAAUUACAGAUGUCACUGUUACUGGUCUCAUUCUUACGGCUGACUGCCGUGUCCAGCAAAGCAAAGCCCUGGGGAGAGCUAGAGGAUAGAAAGACGGCAGGAGAAGAGAGGAAAUGGAAAACAGGAUGCUGGGAACAAGUUCUGGAGGAAAUCGGGGCCCUUAUGAAAAUAGAUUGUGGUGGUACCGUGGUAUAGUAAGUUUCAGAUGGCUUUCAUAUAUCAUUGCAUUCACUUGAUCCAAGUAUACUGUGGUGUUUCCAUGAUUACCAUGUCCAAAAGUGGUUCGUACCAUGGUAAUGUCCAAAACAAAUGGUAUUAUGAAGGAUUCAACCAUAUUCAAGAUUGGGGAACCAAAUGUAAAAUGUAGAGCACUGAUCAUUGGGAAUAAAAUCAGAAUAUAUUAGUACCAUCCACAAAUUGGAAAUACUAAUGUAGUUUUUAAUUCAAUGGUAUUGUCCAAAAACAUGGUAUUAUGAUGGAUGCAACCAUAUAUAAUAAAAUUGGGGGACUAAAUGUAAAAUAUAAAGCAUUGAUCAUUGGGGAUAAAAUUGCCAUCAGUAUAUUAUUAGUAACAUAUCCACUAAUUGGAAAUGCUAUGGUAGUUUUGUGAGUGGAAUGAGCGUUGUUUCUUUAUUGUAACUUCAUUGUUGUGUAUCCAGUGAAGUGCUUUUAAAA